CAUAUUGUAAUCUCCCGACCUCUAUCGAUCGGGCGUCCCGAAACCUUCCCGUGUCCGUAAUCUUCGAAACCCUAGUUCUUCGAGAAUUAAUCGAGAAGAAAGAACGAUGGGGAGAAGGGAGAGAUCGAUCCAAUUCGUGGAGGUCUUAUUGAUUCUAGGGCUUCUCCUCGGCUGCCCUCACCGUCUCUCCGCUCUCUCCGUCACCGUAAACGACGUGGAGUGCGUCUACGAGUACGUGCUCUACGAGGGCGACACCGUCUCCGGUAACUUCGUUGUCGUCGAUCACGAUCUCUUCUGGAGCUCCGAUCACCCCGGCAUCGAUCUGGUGGUGACAUCUCCAGGGGGAAACACUGUGCACUCUUUGAAGGGAACUUCGGGUGACAAAUUUGAGUUUCAGGCUCCAAGAGCUGGAAUGUACAAGUUUUGUUUUCAUAACCCAAACAGAACACCAGAGACCGUGUCUUUCUACAUACAUGUUGGUCAUAUUCCCAACGAGCAUGACCUGGCCAAGGAUGAGCAUUUGGAUCCCAUAAAUGUAAAGAUUGCACAGCUCAGGGAAGCAUUGGAAUCUGUUACAUCAGAACAGCGGUACCUGAAAGCACGUGAAGUUCGCCACCGUCAUACAAAUGAGAGUACUAGAAGGCGCCUUAUCUUCUAUACAAUGACGGAGUACUUGGCGCUAGCAUGUGCUAGUGGACUUCAGGUAGCCUACAUCCGUCGCCUGUUCAACAAAUCAGUGGCAUAUAACAGGGUUUAAUGCUUGCAAUUUAAUAUUCUGUUUUAUCCUCCAUAGUUUCUUAAUUUAAAUAAAACAGAUUUUUUGGUCAUCUUUUGUAUUAUGACUAGCUCCAUUCAGCCGCUGAGCUGAGUUUGGGAGUUUUGGUUAGAAUUCUCCAGUCUUGUAAUCGCAAGGAUUAUAUUUAUUCAGAUGAUUUAGUUAUAUGUUGCCAGACAAGAAAGGGGAAGAAAAGUGGCUGACUUGUGUUCA